AUGAAUCAUAAAAAAGCAUUCGUACAGGAAUUGAAAUCCUUACCCUAUUUACCAUUAAACACAGAAAAUGUUAACAAUGGUCAUUUAAAUGAAUUUCAAGUUUUUCUAACUGACCGCUAUCGUAAUUUUGAUAUCUUUCCUAAAAUGAGUGAGGAAGAAAAAGUAAUGUAUCGUCGUAUGCAAGUUGUAACAAAUUUCUUCCAAGAAGGUUGCUUAGUGAGGGCAGCAGUAAUGGGAGCGGGUGGUGGAAUGCUUGGUAUUCUGUGUGGAUCCUUUAUGUUUGGAAUGAAACAUGUGGACGUAAAUCCCGACGCGAAUUGGAGACAAACCAUUAAACAUACUUACUCUAAUUUUUUUCGUCAUGCUACUAAAACUGGAAAGGAUUUCAUGAAAUUAGGAUUUCUUUACUCAUUUAUUGAGUGUUUAGUUAUAAAGGAACGGGCUAAGCAUGAUAUUCUAACAGCCUUAAUAUCUGGAUGUGCUACCGGAGCUGCUUUGGGCUAUAAAGGUGGUCCAAUAGCAAUGGCUUCAGGAUGUAUUGGAUUUGGUUUUUUUUCUUGUUUAAUGGAACGCUUAGGACCUUAUAUUUUAUCUGGAAGGUCUUAAUUUUAUAACGAAAAAAAAAAUCUCUUCAAAAUAACAACAAAUGUGUCACAGAUAAGUGUACCAAGUGAGGUAUCAAAGGG